UGACUAAUGCCUGUCAUAUGACUGUGACACCCAUGGAGACAGUUACAAGGAACAAGAUUUGCUCUUGGAUUUGAAAAAGAAGAAAAAAUAGACCUUCUGUACCGAAUUUAUUUUGGUACAAAAAUGCCCCCGACUCUCUUUCAGAAACUUUUCAACAAGAGAAAUGCGUUUUCGUCGCCGCCCCCGAGAUGUAGCAAAGAGGACCCAGCUUUCAGCUGGCCAAUCCCCCAGCUGGAGCCCAGUCAGAUCAGGUUGAUAGUGUACCAGGACUGUGAGAGGCGUGGACGAAAUGUCCUCUUCGACUCCAAUGCCAAAAAGAGGGGAGCCGAGGAAACCCCUAUCACCAGCACUGAGGGCCAGGGGAAGAUGUUUGGGAAAUGCUGCCAGCUUCGUUCUACAGGAGGCAGCAGCAGUUCCUUGGACAGCUCCUCCUCCUGCACCUCCGAAACCAAGGAAACCAAGGAGCCGGGCCUCCGCUUCCAGGGUUCAAGGUGUUCAUCGGAUGUGGUGAUGCUGGGGGAAAUGAUGUUUGGCUCUGUUGCCAUGAGCUACAAAGGCUCCACGUUAAAAAUCCACCAGAUCAGAUCGCCACCUCAGCUGAUGCUGAGUAAGGUUUUCACCGCCAGGACAGGGGGCAGCGCGUACGGCAGCCUCAACACGUUACAGGACAGCCUAGAGUUCAUUGGACAGGACAGCAACACCUUAAGGCCUGAUCAAAACACUGGGCCAAACAGUCUCCUAGGGAAUAUAGGAUUUUCUCAGCUCUGCAGCCCUCGACGGGCCUUCUCUGAACAGGGCCCUCUGCGUCUCAUCAAGAGCGCAUCUUUCUUUUCAGGCUACAGUCACCCCAUGGACAUGCCUGGCAGAGGGCUGUACGAUGAGAGGGACAGCGGCAUCGCCAGGUCAGCUUCUCUGAGCAGCCUGUUGAGCCAGCCUCCCUUCCCAUCGCCCGGCUCCUCCUUGACCAGCAGCUGUGCGUCCAGCUACCAGCGGCGAUGGCGCCGGAGCCAAACCACCAGCCUGGAAAACGGCGUUGUCCCCCGAUGGUCAGUGGAGGAGAGCUUCAAUAUGUCUGAUGAAAGCGGGGGACCAAGCCUUGGCGUGGCUCGGAAAAAGAAGAUUGCCAUCGGAGUCAUCUUCAUGCUCUCUUCCAACCCUGAAGAGAACAUCCGCUUCCAAGAUUUCUUCUUCUCCCACUUCCCUCUCUUUGAAAGCCACAUGAACAAACUCAAGAGCGCCAUCGAACAGGCCAUGAAGAUGAGUCGGCGGUCAGCUGAUGCUAGCCAGAGGGCCUUGGCUUACAGCCGUAUGGUGGACAGUCUCAAUGACUUCAGGAAUACCAUCUGCGACCUUUACACCAUGCCCCGAGUGGCCGAGCCCGUCUGGUUGACGAUGAUGUCCGGAGCGUCGGAGAAGAACCAGCUCUGCGGCCAAUUCAUGAGGGAGCUCUCCCUGCUGAUGGAGCAGGCCUCCAAGAACCAAUUCCUCCCUGCAUUAUUGACAGCCAUCCUAACCAAUCAUCUGGCCUGGGUGCCCACUGUUAUGCCCAAUGGGCAGCCCCCAAUCAAGAUCUUCCUCGAGAAACACUCCUCCCAGAGCGUCGACAUGCUGGCAAAGACGCACCCCUACAACCCCCUCUGGGCACAGCUAGGUGACCUCUAUGGGGCCAUUGGUUCACCGGUACGGCUGUCGAGGACAGUGGUGGUCGGUCGUAGACAGGAGCUAGUCCAGAGACUCCUGUAUGUCCUCACAUACUUCAUUCGCUGCUCUGAGUUGCUGGAGACUCACAUGCUGGACAGCGCUGAGGAUGAGGCCAUCGUCAUGCCCGGUUCCCUCAUCACCACCUCUCUGAGGAAAGGAGAGGUCGAGGAGUCAGACUAUGUCCUGGUUACCGUCCAUAAACCCAGUGGGGACUACCUGUCCCAAGGGGCUCACAGACGGCAGACUGAGGCGGAUGACAGCAAUUACCCUUCAGACAACAGCCUCCAGAGCAGCACAUACACAGACACUGAUAUUGAGCAUGGCACAGGAGACACUCCCAAGGAGGAAGAUGAGGAGGAAGAGGAGGAAGAGGAAGACGAGGAGGACAGCAGUGAGAGUCAAGGGUCCAGGAGCAGUGUGCUUCACACGGGGCACAGCCAGGACACCAGUCCUGUUAUUAGAACUGCAGAAACAGCUGAACCUGCAGAGUUACACAGGGAGUCGAGCAGCCCGCUGGCCACAGAGGUCCGACUGGAGAAGGUGUUGCGUGUUGGCUCGACCUCCCCCAUAGAGCAAGUCUGUGGGCUGGAUGUAGAUGCCAAGGGUGACCUGAAACUUAUUGUCCCAUCCACACCCAUGGUCCUUGCAUCAGGUCCAUCCCCAGCUUCUGUCCCUAUAGAGGGUAAAACCUUAGGGGUAGAAAUUGGGAUGGAUGCAGGAAUGGGGAACCAGCCCACCAAAGUGCUGGCUACUCUGUCUUUAGGGAUCCCUCUAGAGAAGAAGCCCCCAGAUAAGAACCUGGCUACUGCAAUGCCAGUGCCUGGGAUACCAGGAAACACCAUGACAGGGCCAAUGGCUUUGAGUCCAGCAGACGAGGAAGAGCCAGCAACAAAAGUCACUUUCCUCAUCGGUGACUCAAUGUCUCCUGAGUCGGACACAGAGAGCCGCGGGAGGAAGGUGGAUGAGGAAUACAAAAAGCACAAGAAACAGAUGUUUGUCAAGGACAAACUGCUUCACCAGCAACUGCAACAACAGCAUCAUCAAGGACAACAUUAUCAACAGCAGCUGUUGAGAGGAGCAGAUUCAAAGACCAGCAACAACAGUGCAUCAGAGGACCAAACCAAACAGACCAGGGCGGUUCCAGUCCUGCAGCGGGUGUCCAGUACGAUUCCCCAUUUGAGCUCACACUGUGUGGAUUUAAGUGAUUUUGAUGGAUUUAAGUAUUACAACGAGGAGAACCCUGUGGAGACUAGAACUAUAGACAAUCUGGCCAAACAUCAGGAGGCCAGCACCACAGAUAGUAUGCACAAAGACUUGCUGGACCCCUCAGGAGUUCCCCAACCUGGUGACUUGGGCAGUCACAGCUUUCAGGGUGCUGUUAGGAGUCAUGGUUUGGGUCUUUGUUUAGGUUCAGGCAGUGGAGAUGUAGGGUGCAGCAGGAAGGGAGACAGUUUGUUGGACGUCCAGAGGAGGUGCAGGUGUGAGUCUACUGACUCUACUGACACCUGCUGCUGCCGGGCCUGUUCUGCUGAGCAGGACAAGGGACUCGUGUUGUCAGUCCCCGUUCCUCAGGAUGGAAGCGGCAACAGCAAAGAGGACCAAAAGCGCAAGAUGAUGCCUGUCAAUGAUUGGGAGAUACCACGCAACGAGAGCUCGGACAGCGCACUGGGGGACAGUGAGAGUGAGGAGACAGAGGAUUGGCAGGAGGAAGUGAUAGUGCCCUUCCCAGGGUCAAAGUUGGUGGAGAACUUCUCCAAGCCAAGCAUUGCCAAUUUUGGCCGGUCUCUGUUUGGAGGCUACUGCCCCACCUACGUGCCAGACUUUGUACUGCAUGGGAUGCCCAGUGACGAGAAACUACGGCAGAGCCUCAUGGCUGAUUUAACCCAUGCUGUUCAGCAUCCAGUACUGGAUGAGCCUAUAGCUGAGGCUGUCUGCAUUAUAGCAGACACAGACAAGUGGACAGUGCAAGUGGCCAGCAGUCAGAGACGAGCAACAGACGUCAACAAGCUGGGGAAGGAAGUCCUAGUGUCUAGUCUUGUUUCCAGUUUACUGCAGUCCACCCACCAGCUCUACAAACUCAACCUCUCACCCAACUUUUGUAUAAUGCACCUUGAGGACCGCCUGCAGGAAAUCUACUUCAAGAGUAAGAUGCUUGCUGAGUAUUUGAAGGGCCAGACAAGAGUCCAUGUGAAAGAACUGGGCAUGGUCUUAGGAAUUGAAUCCAGCGACCUUCCCCUAUUGGCUGCAGUGGCCAGCACUCACUCCCCCUAUGUGGCCCAGAUCCUACUGUGAAACUGAAAUGGCACCGAGGUCGUAAAACCAGUCAGACCUGGGUGAUGCCACUCUGGCCUCAAAAACGCCCGUCCAUGCUCUGCAGCUGACCCGGACAUGGUUUCUGGGAGUGCAGACUUUGCCCUGAGCGUGAGCAGUGAACAUCUUUAUGGACCACGGCCACAGACGGAGCACCCCCCCCACCACCACCACCACCAACAACACUGCUGCUGAAUUUGAUGCAAUGCUGAUAUUCGACCACAGGGGGGAGCUAAAGACCACAGUCCACAGAUGGAGCGAGGCUCUUCGGAUGACUGAAGCAUCCCUGACAUGACUUUCUCCUCUUGUUUGAAUGUUUCUUUUAAUACAGGACUCUUUUUUUUUUUGGACACGAAAGCCAAAGACUUUUUAAUUUUUGCCAGUUGGGAAUGAAACUUUAAAAUAUCUACAGUAUAAUAACAAUGGAUUUUGUUUCUUCUACUGCUUUGUUUUUUUUUUCUUUUUCUGUACAAUCUUAAACCCAGUCGUACGAGGUGAUGGACUACAUGUUUGAAAGGAAUGGAUGGAUGUUUUUAAACUUUACUUUGAGGUAAAUAUCAUUGAUAACGUUAUCAAUCUACAUGCCAAUUAUGUUAUUUCAUUUAUCUUUAUGUAUUUGUUUACAAGCCAAAUUUCCCUCAGAUAUCUCAAUUUAUUUUUUUGUCAAAUUGCAACACAGACCUGACUUAAAAGCCGGGUUUGUUUGUUUGUUUGUUUUUUGGCCAUGUUGGGGUAAUCGAUGCACACCAUGAUUUUUAGUUUUACAAACUGGUUUUGAAAUGGCUAAAAGUGGCUUUGACAUUCUUAUCAUAGGUACAGCACUACCUCAGAUCUUCAUAUGGGCAGUGGAUGACACAUUUACAGAGGCCCCAUAGAAAACCCUGAGGUAUACUUUUUAAGCUAUUUUAAUCAGAGGAAUGUCAGUGUCAACUGUGUGCAGACUCUAUGCUGUGUUCUUUGAAAAAAGGGAAGGCUGUUUGAUUCCUAAGGAUGAUCGUUACAUUAACAAAAAAGAAAGAAAGAAAGAAAAACAAUUUUUUUUUUGCUUCAGUAUGUGAUUUGAGAAGGGUCCCUUUCUACUGUGGAAAAGCUAAAACAUGCAUCAUCUACGUAUAUUUUAAAAACCAAAAUGCUGAAAUAUUUUCACACUUUUAUAGCUUCGCCACCUUUGUACAAUGUUUACGGCGUCGAUGUUUGCUGCAAAGAGGGGAGUAUAGGAACACAGUAGGCCUUAUAAUGGAUUUAAAUAUCUAUCAGUUAACACUAUUUUCAAACACGUUUCUAUGGCAGUUAUAUUCACAAAUAACACAAAAUACAAAACUAUAGUAGCACUUUUUCUUUUCUUUUUGAUUUUCCAUUAAAUUAACAGAUAAUUUUGGUUGCUAUGCCAUAUAACCAGGGUGCGAUUUGCUAAGGGUUCAUAAAGGGGAGGAGUUGCUUUCAUAGCUUUUGCUUUAAGAUUCUUUCCUGGGGGCCAAUGGGACAUUUAAUUUAUUUACUCCCAUUAUUCCUUAUUUUGACAGGAGUUUGAUCACAGACAAAAUGCCCUGAUGGGUGACUCCUGUUAUUUUAUGAAAAAAAAAAAAAAAAAACAUGUCAAAAGCAGAGAAAUGUAUACAUAUCCGUAUAGUACUCUACCGUUGUACUGUGUUUUUAGCCCAACAAAUUUACAGGCAGAUGGAAGUUUAAUUUAUCAAACAUGUUUAAUGAAACUAAUUCCUGCUUUUUUUUGUACAAACCAUUUUGGAACAAAUCUCUAAUUUGUGCAGAUCUGACUAAAAGAUUGAAAUGUGGCUCAGACCAAUCAAACACUGUUGGUAACAGAGACUAUGUGGGUGGUGGGUGGUGGGCUCUAUAUACACAGUUUGUUAACCUGUAUGCUGAGUAUGGUUUAUAUUGGUAGAAAAAGCAGGAAUAACUUGCAGUGUUACCCUGACAACUGAACAGUGUUUGUUUGUUUCUAUAAACUCAAAUCGCACCCUGAAUAUUACCCGAGUCUUAAUGGGGAAUGAAUGCAUCACAGGCUUCUAGAGAGAGUUCAUUUUGCUGGUAAAAUUGAUAUAUACAUGCUUGUUACUGUAUCGAGGAUGCUCCGCUUUAUCAGCCUAUAUUUUGUACAUCACCGCCAUUAUGUUUAAAAGGUAUGAGUUUAUAUCUGCUUUCCCCUCUUUGUAUAUGAGUAAAUUAUUUAGUUGCCCAUGGUAUGUGUAACGGUUCAUGUAAACUGUACAUACUCAAGUUUAUUUCCAUGUAUUUGUACAGAAUGUCUUUUAAGAAUUUGUCUCCUCAAAUAAUUUUUAUCCCAAUUUUAUGGGAAUGUUGUGCAAUAAAGAUGCCGAUGU